AUGUGGUUUAUUUCACUUUUAUUUGAAAUAUUUCUUACAGUCACGCUUAUAACAUCUGAAUUUGUUAAAGAUGACUUGUUAUCAUCAAUUUUGCGUUCAAACAAAGAAUUUGAUGCUAAUAAUGAAGAAACUGUAGGUUACAAUAAUAAUAGACAACAUAAAGAUGCAGAAGUGGCUAAACAAAAGGCUGAAGUAUUAAAAAAGGUAAAAAUAUAUGAAAAGCAACUAGACGCAUUACAAGAUUUAGAUUCAGUGAAUCAGAGGUACCAAAGAGAUCCAGUAUUAAAUUUUAUUGGUAGGAGAUGGAAUCGAGAUAAGAGAAGCAAGAAAAAACCUGAUACAAGUUACUCGUCUAGUUCUAGUAUAGAAUUAAAGAAGUGGAAAGAUGAAUGGAAGGAUCUCUGGAUGCAGAAGAAGUUGGAGGCUAUUAACUCUUCAGUGCCAAAAGGAGAUACCGUUAACAUGGUUGCUGCAAGACCGUGGGGAGUCCCUUGUGGGGAUCCAAAUCAACACGACGCACCCUGGGGAACAUGUAUGCUGCCUAUGGAAUGUGAGGCAGAGUACCGGAUCUAUCGUGGUGACUAUUUUUGUGGUCGCACGAAGUUUAUUUGUUGCGCGUUGCAAAUUACUAACUAUGAUCUAUACGCUGGUUUUGAUGUAUCCUUUGCUGAUUCAAGUUUAGCCACAGAUACUGAAGAAAAGAAUAACAGAGUGAGAGGAUCUAAAGAACGAAAGAGAAGAAAGAAAAUACGUGAUAAGAAACGUAGAUUAAGAGAAAGAGUGAAACGUAAACGAAAAAUCAAGAGGACGAUUCAAAAAAUUAUACGGGAAAUUAGAAUUAUAUUAAAUAGAUCGUACAAAAAUGGCACAACAAGCAGGAAGAGAAAGACGAAACAACUGAAAAAAUUCAUAAAGAGUUUGAAGAAUAAAUACAUUACAGACAGAAAGGCGGUUAAAGACAUCCAUGAAAUGGAGUUGAUUAAAAUUGAUGCAGCUUUGAUGAAACGUUUGAAUGAAAUUAGAGGAAUGAAUCAGCAGUAUGUGAGAAAUGCUACAUUUAGAGCUAUGAUAGCAAACGGUACGAUAAGCAAGCAAAACGCCAGGAUGUUAAUUAAAGCGUAUCCAGAAUUGGCGGACAUGUUGCAAACAAGACGCAGAGGAAGGUCAAGAGGAGACAGGCGUAAAGACUAUUUAGAUUACGAUAUAGAGUAUGGAUAUCUCUAUUAU